AUGGCCUCAGACAUCUUGGACGUGUUUAACAUUAAGGAAGAGGUUCGCGUGCAGCCAAAGAAGCACGCUCGCGGAGACAAUGACUUUGGGGCACAAUCCAAAAAGAAGAAGCAUGCCAUGAGCAGAGAACUUUACAACCUUAUUGGUACCAAUUUGCCUCCUGUCGCUGUUGAAAAAGGCUUUAAAUUCAAAGACAAGAUCAACUCAGGGAAGGCCAGUCCGUGGGUGUGGGCACCAUUCAAAAAUGAAGCGAGGACAGACGAGCUCGAGCUUCAUCACUGGGUAAAAGGCCCCGUCGUGUCAUCAGACGAGAAAAUAUCAUACAAUUUUGCAAAGUAUAACACCUCUCUUGAUAUUCCAUCGUUCAGCAAGGAAGAUUACGACGAGAAGCUGAAGGAUCUGAGUGACGAUUGGGAUUACGAAGAAACCAAGUAUCUAUUCGAUCUGGCUAAGGACUAUGACUUAAGGUGGGCGGUGGUAUAUGACAGAUUUGAACAUCGUAACGACAAACAUAGAAGCCUCGAAGAUUUGAAAGAACGACUAUAUUCUGUGUCGGCGAAACUUUUGAAUUCGAACCCUGAUGGCACAAGAGAUGUUGCUCUCAUUAAAGGUCUUGAAUCAUUUGACAAAAAACAGGAGUUAGAAAGGAAACAGUACUUGAACCGUUUGAUCCAUAGAGCUCCAACGGAAAUUGCUGAAGAAGAAUCAUUGGUGAUCGAGGCCCGAAAGUUUGAGCUGGCUGCGAAAAAGAUGCUCAUGGAAAGAGCACAGUUGUUGCAGCUUCUCGACUCGCCCCAAUCAUCCGCCUCAAUUGAACAAUACACCACCUCGUCUGGUCUUACCCAGCUUUACAAUUCUCUUAUGACUGUGGACAAGUCAAAGAAACGAAAGCCAGAAGUUCCAGUUCCUCCUCAACUGGGUCCAAACGCCAUUCCUCACACGCAACAAAUACAACAAGCGCAACAACAGCAUUUAAUGAGACAACGCCAGGGAAAAAAAUCGUCCUUGUCGCAGAAACUGUACGGAGGCAAACAGGAGAUCUCACAACAACAGGCACAGUCCGAGGUUUGGCAGCUUCUACAAUCCAAGCUUACAGCCGAAGAGAUGGAGGUCUAUGGAUUGAGAUUCCACGACGAGAAAUUGCAACCAGGAGUUUACAUUCGUUCUCAAAAACUUUCUACAUUCAAGCCUGCAGUGCAGGCUAAGGUGGCAGAGGUCUUGAACGAAUUGCAAAUUUCCAUGAAACCUACUCUACCAACAGCAAAUGUUUGUUCGAAGUUUGAUCAGUUACUGCAAAGCAUUGCUACGUUGAUUGAUUUAAAGAAGCAAACAGAUAAGCUUAGCGGAGAAGUAACUCUCAUCAGGAGUCAGAAGGGGAUUGAGUAG